AUGAUGAAUAAUCAUCAAAGUUUAAAUGUUCGUCUUACACUAUUUCAGGUACAAAACUUGAACGGGUCACCUAUAAGUGUAUUUAACACUGUUCAAGAACACCAGCAGCCAACAUCAACAAACUUUGAGAACUUAUUUGCUGAUACAUAUACUAAUCUUGAAACAUCAGUUGAAUUACAACCAUUUGAUUUUAAUUCAAAUUUUGCAGAAUUAUUUAGUACAACAUUAAACAACGACUCAGAGUUAAGCGCUGAAAAUUAUAUUGAUAUUGAUACUUGGCUUGGUGAAUCAAAUCCGUUAGAGACAGCUGAUACUAUAGACAAAUUACUGACAAUGACUUUUAACGAUAUAACGAACAAUCAAAACGAUCAACAACAAUGUCCAUCCGAGGAAUUACCUCAUACCUCAACAACAUCAUCAUCCUCAACAUCAUUGCUUGCAUCAACAACCAACACAAAUCGUCGAUCAACAGUCGAAUCAUCCGUUGAUGAUUCAAUGGACAGUAGUUCAUUCAAUGAUGAAGAUAGCCCUGGUGAACAAAAAGAUGGGAUUAAACGAGAAACCUCUAAAAGUGGUGGUGCAUCGGUAAAAAAAUUAGCUCGAUUUGGAAAUAAACAGGUAGUAAAAUAUAGUAAUGAAUAUCAUGAUAGACGAGUGAAAAACAAUGAAGCCGUUAAAAAAUCCAGAAUGAAAGCAAAAGAAAAACAGAAAGACACAGAAGGAAAAUUAUCGAAAUUAGCUGAAGAAAAUCGUAAACUAAAUGAUCGUGUUGACUUACUGCUUAAAGAAUUGCAUGUACUAAAAUCAUUGUACAAAGAAUUAAAUCAAGAAGUACCACCGGAAGCCUUGAAGUCAUUAGAACGAGUAAAUGUCCGCUGA